AUGGACGCUGCAGACGUUGAUCUCGAAAAGGCCGAGCGACAGGCUAGUCCCAGCCAAUUCCCACGCGACCCAGAAACUAUCGAUGAACGCCUGGAGCGAAUUCCUACAUCGUCCUCGACGUCGUCUUCGUCGAGCUCAGCACGAGGAAAUGUGCAAGCGACCAUGUCUCAUGUGCCCACUCAGGGCGACCAGCUCGACCGGGACCAGCUCGAGCGCGAGCAGACCGCGCUGAGUCGGAUACAUACUCAGCGAAGCCAGCACAGCGGCACCGUGGGGAAAUCAUUACGUUCGCGCAUGUCGCAGAAGCCAUUACCAGAGUUUGGUGGAGGGAAGUCGUACCCACCGCCAUUGCCCGCCAAGGAGGAAUACGUUGUCGAAUUUACUGGGGUAGAUGAUCCGCUGCACGCACAGAAUUGGCCGUUCAGGAAGAAGAUCAUCACGGCAGCGAUGCUCGGGUUCUUCACGUUCACGUCGGCCUUUGGCAGCGCCAUCUUUUCGGCUGCCACUGGUGCGGUAGCCCAUUACUUUGGCGUCUCAGUCGAGGUCGGUAUACUGGGUCUGACCCUCUACGUGCUUGGAUUCGCCUCCGGACCAAUCCUGUGGGCGCCGCUCUCGGAACUUCAGGGGCGUCGUUUGCCCUUGAUGAUUGCAUCAUUCGGAUUUUUCAUCUUCCAAUUCGCCGUGGCCACGGCCAAGGACCUGCAGACCGUCAUGAUCUGUCGAUUCUGGGGAGGUUUCUUUGGCGCCUGUCCGCUGACCGUCGUGGCCGCCGUCUUUGCCGACAUGUUUAACAACCGCAGUCGUGGACUCGCCAUUACUGUCUUCGCCAUGAUGGUCUUUGCCGGUCCUCUCAUGGCCCCCUUUAUUGGCGGCUUCAUUACCAUUUCCUAUCUCGGCUGGCGAUGGACCGAAUACAUUACCGGCAUCAUGGGCGCCGCCUCCUUUAUUUUGAUUGUCCUCUUCCUCGAGGAGUCUUAUCCGCCCAUGAUUCUCGUCACCAAGGCCUCGGAACUGCGUCGCCGCACCCGCAACUGGGGCAUCCACGCCAAGCAGGAGGAAAUUGAAAUUGACAUUCGAGAGCUGGUCGAGAAGAACUUUAGCAGACCUCUUCGCCUGCUUGUCACCGAGCCUAUUGUCUUGCUCAUCUCCCUUUACAUGAGUUUCAUCUACGGUAUUCUCUAUCUCUUCCUCACAGCCUAUCCCAUCGUCUUCCAAGGCGUGCACGGCAUGAACGAGGGUGUCGGCGGCCUGCCUUACUUUGGCAUGAUCACCGGCUUCGCCCUCGCCAGCCUGUACAUGUUUCUCACGCAACCCUCGUACAACCGCAAGCUUGCCGCCAACAAGAACAUGCCUGUCCCCGAAUGGCGUCUCCCGCCCGUCAUCGUCGGCGGAGUCGUCUUCGCCAUGGGUCUCUUCUGGUUCGGCUGGAGCGGAUACAAGCGUGACGUGCACUGGAUCGCGCCCACCCUCUCCGGUCUCUUCUCCGGCUUUGGUCUGCUCUGCAUCUUUUUGCAACUCAUGAAUUAUAUCGUCGAUGCCUACUUGAUGUUCGCCGCCUCCGCCCUCGCAGCAAACACAUUCAUCCGAUCCAUUUUCGGCGCCUGCUUCCCCCUGUUCGGCCGCCAAAUGUUCAACAAUCUCGGCAUCCAGUGGGCCGCGACCCUGCUCGGUUGUCUCGCGGCGAUUAUGGUCCCUAUCCCUAUCGUCUUUUACAAGUACGGCCAUAAGAUUCGCCAGCGAAGCAAGUUCGCGCCGACCUUUCCCAAGGAAGAUGAUGAGUAG